GUGGUAGUGAACUAAUGGACAUAUUAAUUUACAGAAUGUCGAAACAAUAUGAAAAUACAUUUUUAUAUGGACGUAUUAUGAACUGUCGGAAUAAAACACUUAAAAAGUAAGAUUUGAAAUCUCAACGGACAGGCUGAGUUUAAGUAUUCUGUACACAAAGAUGUCAUCUAAGUGUGGGAAGAAUGUAAAAUGUGCGAAGUGUGAAAAGGAAAUCAAAGAUAAGUUUGUGUAUCGCUUCGGAGCUGGAAUGUUUCAUUCUAAAUGCCUAAUAUGCCAACAAUGUAGAAAACCUCUGAAAGGAAAGUGUUAUGAGAAAAACGAGGUGUUAUUUUGUAAACGUGAUUUUUAUAGACGUUUCGGGCAUCCGUGUCACAUCUGCUCUAAAGGUAUCCUACCAACGGAUAUGGUCCACAAGACAUCGGAUAAGGUCUUCCACCUACGGUGUUUUAAAUGUACCAGAUGUAACAAGGACUUUUUUCCCGGAGACCACGUACAUGUCUUAAAAACUCAUGCUGUUCUCUGCAAAGAAGACUACAUGGAAACAUUGAAACAAGUUUCAGACGAAGAUUCUGAUUUGGAUGCAGAUCAAAGACAGGAACUGACAUUUUGGAACAACUCAAACAGAGCACACCCUUAUUUUGCAUUCAGAAUGUCCAGUAAUGUUGAUAACAUCGUAUUUCUAAAGCAACUAGAUCAGUCAGGCAUGAUGUCGCAAUUUGAAAGCGAUAGCGACAUGGCCAGUUCACUCGACGGAAAUGACGGUGAGAGUCCUAGGUUCUCAACGUACAACAGACGCAGGGGGCCUAGAACUACAAUAAAAGAGGACACGUUGACCACGUUGAAGGAGGCGUUUCAAUUGAACAAAAGACCGAAUCGCGCCGGGAGGGAUUCGAUAGCAAAACAAACUGGUCUGCCUGUCAGAGUCAUCCAGGUAUGGUUCCAGAAUAUGCGAUCUAAGGAGAGACGGAUGAAGCAUUUGAAAUACCUUGGUAACCAGAGAGAUUUACUGAAGAGCUACAACUGUUUUGAUGAUAUCCCAGACAGGGGUGUAUUUGACCCUAGUUUAUUAGGCUUUUACCCAGACCCAGUAACCGGACAUCUAAUUCCCCCACUGGUGAUGAACUUCCACAACAUAUCCAUACCCGUGCCGGUUUCACAUAAUAUUGUCCCAAACAUCACUUUGUCGAGUCUCACUGCUCUACCAAAACUGCGAACACUACCGAGUUUAGCGACAUCUGUGUCAAUGACACGAGACGAGGUACACUUCCCACACAUUGACACUCAGGAAACUGCAGGGGAAGUUAUUAAUCCAAUGGAGAUAACGCCGACACUGUUCCUUGAUGAGUCAAAGGACGAUGAUGAUACAGCUUAACCGACAAGAGACAAAUACUAAACAUUGGAUACUUUAAUAGUGAACAAUCUUCGUCUUUUUUCUUCAAAGCCAGCAAAAGAUUCUCUAAGGUUUAUCAUUUCAUGAAUAUCUGGAUUGAUCAAAAUAAAAAAUCUGCCUGAG